UUAUGGUGAACUUGUUAAAUAUCUGGCUGAAAAAAAAGUCAUUCGAGAUAAAGUAAAGUGCCCACAUUGCAAUACAGUCAUACAUUUGGAUACGCAGCAAUCGGAAUCCUUUAUUCUUCACUGUACCGGAAAAUAUUACAAACAAAUUCGUGGAAGGAAACGGAGGCGACAAACAUAUAAUUUUAAAAUAAGUGCUUUAACAAAAACAUGGUUUGCUUGUGCUACAUUAAAUUUACCCGACAUAUGUCGCUUAAUUUGUUACUUUACGUUGAUGACUUCUCCAUGUCAACUGUUCUUGCAAGCAGAAUUGUCAAUUUCAUCUCACACAGCUGUUGAUUGGAUAAAUUUUUGUCGCGAGCUUCUAGCACAAUGGAUAUCAAAUGGUGAGAAACAACUAGGUGGUCCAAACAUAAUUGUAGAAAUUGAUGAGGCUAAAUUUGGCAGACGGAAAUAUCAUCGCGGACGCAUUAUAAGUCAAUGGUUAUUUGGUGCUAUUGAACGAGACACAGGCCGUUUAUUUAUUCUACCUGUUAAUCAACGAUCGUCUGACGUGUUGAUUCCGAUAAUUCGUCAUCGUAUUGCACCAGGCAAUAUUAUACAUAGUGACUGUUGGCGAGCAUACAAUUCGUUAUGUAAUUAUAGUUAUAUUCAUAAUAAAGUAAACCAUAAAGAGAAUUUUGUAGAUCCACAAACAGGAGUAUAUACACAAAAUAUCGAACGUUUGUGGCGUGAUAUGCGAGGUGGAAUUCCCAGAUAUGGUAUUCGAGAAAAACACUAUAUGUAUUACAUAGCAGAAUUUGUUUUCAAGCGGAAAUAUGAAUAUCACCAACGUAUUGAUAAGUUCUUCGAAAUUAUGGCCUCGUUAUAUCCGAUGGAAGAUUAAAUAUAAUGUAAUUAAUAAAUAACAUUAUUCUUGGAUAAUACCUUUAUAAAAAAAAUCUCUCCUUAUGUUAUAUUUGUUGAAACAAAGUGU